AUGUUUCGCACUACUGUCGCUGCUGCUGUCGCUCUCGUCGCUUUGACCAGCGCUCCUUUCGUCCAAUCUCACGAUGACACGGAGCAAAAAACAUCUUGUAGUGACACAUCAUCGAAUCUCAAAGUCGGUGAGUACUUUAAACCCAGUGGUGACCAAGUCUCUGGCGUGUUCAAUAACACUGCUCCAUUCCGCCGUGGACCGUGUCCCGGUUUCAACGUGCUUGCUAACCACGGAUUUAUCUCACGCAAUGGCCAAAACAUUUCAAAAGCAUCGCUUGCGGCUGUAUUUUCUAGCGUUUAUAACGUUGCUGAAGAAUGGACAGUCGCACAAAUCGGUCGCUUGCCGGAUGUUUUCAGCCUUGACUUUCUCAGUCGAAACGAUCGUGAUGCUUCCUUCGCUCGCGAUGACCGAUAUUUCGGUCGUGAUCCGGCUGAGGUGAACGUGACUCUUGCUCAGAAAUUCCUUGACCGUGCUGACGCCGAUGGAAAAAUCACGCUGGAUGCAGUCGCUCACGCUCGCAUUGAUUUCGCGAAUAUGUGUAAGGCCAUUAACCCAGAGUGCAACUUUAAUGCUACGAUUGAGGCUACAGCUUUCCGUCAGGCAGCUCUUUUGCUAACAGUUUUCGGUAAGACAGACUUUAUCUUAGCCGAACACGUCAAGUCAUUUAUGGUCAAAGAGACAAUCCCAACUGAUUUCGUCAGGUCGGCGGUUCCAGUGACGACUGCGGCCUUAAACGCGACGUAUUCCAGAUUAGUUGAAGCGGCCAAGUAG